UACCGGUAUUUAGUGAUGAAGUGCAGUGCGUCACGAAAUAAUUGGAACUGCAGCUGUCGACGAGGGCAAUGCAUUUUUGGGAUUAACGUUCGUGUUAAUUAACUUCGGAGAGUGACCUACGAAGUACAGGCCGUUAAACUUACUUUUACCUUUGCUACUUGAAAGUCAGAAAAAGUAAAAUAAUUAAUCAUGCCACGAAAGAAUGCUGCUCAAGGUGACGGUAAGGACACUGGAAUCAUACUCAUUGACGACAGGACAAAAGCAGUAAUGACUGACCAACCAAGACAUGCACAAGAAGCUUUCAGGGAACAGAUUGCCAGAGUUCAUGAGGUCGUUCCAAGUCGGAGUAGAGAUGAUGUUGCACUUGUUCUCCAAUACCAUGAGGGAAAUGUGGAUAAAGCAAUCCAGUCAUUCAUGGAAGAUGGCGCCAGAACUGUUCUGAACGAGUGGCAGUCACAUGGCAAGAAAAGCAAGUCUGCAAAUAAGAGGAACAAGAAAAAGAAACGAGGACCAGACACACAACAUGAGAAAGCGAACAGUGGUGAUGCUGGUGCAUCUAACAACCAAGGAAGUGCCAGCUCUUCAAAUCAGCCAUCCACCGCCCACUCCGCCCCACCCACCAGGCCUUACAUCAAGCAGCGACCUCCUACGUCCCAGCAGCAGCCGCAGCAGCCUAGACAGUAUCAACAGUCCAACAGACGAGACAGAGACAGGGAUGGAGACCACAAUCGAGGUCGCCCCCACCCCAGGGGGCACCCCACAGAUUGGAGGGGCGGGGAUGGUACCAGGCCGGGCAGACAGCAACCUACCAAUGCAGCUUCUAAUCAUUCAUCAUCAGAAUCAGGUAAACAACGCUCUGAAAAGGGUCACCACUCUCACCAACCCUCGCCAUUAGAAGACAUGGCCGAGAGGUUAUUUCCAGCAGAGAGCAGUGACAAGACCCAUCAUAUAGACAGUGAACUACACUACCAAGAUGCUGCCAAAGCAAAGAAAUUAGUAGCAGUACUAGAACGUGCAACUAAAGACCUCCACAGAACAUCAAUAGCACUAACGAGACACAAAACCAUGCUGCAAGACAAACUGGACCAAUCAGAGAAGAGUAUACCAAAGUCAUUUGAUGAGAUCCAGAGGUUUUUGAACGAGAGGAAACUAGCGCUAACCAAUGAAUUCUUAGAAGUCAAGCAAGAAGCGAGUGAGUUGUUGGAGGCUCGUGAGGAACAGGCCAAAGAGCUAGAAAGGAAGACCCACAGAGCAGCUACCAUGACAGAGGACCAAGUCCAUGAACUAAGAGCAGAGAUCAAGCAAUUUGUAUCUGAUCGAAAGGUUGAUGAAGAGAUAGGCAAGGCGCUGAGGUACACAUGGAAUCCAGACCAAAUUGUUGAGCUGAUCAAGAGCUUUGGUGAGGUCAUCCCCGUCCAGCAUCAUUACACCACCCGUCGUCCAUCCAUCUCAUCUCUGUCCAGUAUCAACACCAUCUCUAGGACCACCUCGGUCAGUGAGGACCAUGGUCCACUCUCUGCCCGCAGUAUCAGCCUGACAGAGAGUCAGGACUCCACCACCAUGGGCAAACCUCUGUCACCGAAGCCAGCCAACGAUAUGGACAUGAAGGCAGAGGUGGCCGAGAUGGCAGCCAAGCUACAGAGGUCCAUGACACAGGGUCGUAAAGGAGCCAGGAACCAAACAGGACCAAACGCAGACAAUCAGAAUAAAGGAGAAAGGUCCCAACAGCCCAACAGAGGUCAAGGGAAAGCACAAGAUCAACAGUCACAGCAGAACCAGGGUCAAGGGGGACCAAACCCCAACAAGCAAGGUCGAAACCAGAGCCGGCAAGAUAGACCUCAACAUGGUUCAAGACAAGGUCAGCAGGGCCAGCACCCUCAAGAUCAGAGGCCUCAAGGUCACAGACCACAGGGUCAAAGGCCACAAGGUCAAGGUCAGAGGCAGGGUCAGCAUCAGCAGCAGAGGAACGAAUACGAGGAGCACGAUGGGCAGAGGAAGGAGAAUCGAAAUGCCAAGAGAAGACAGAACCGAAAGCAAAAGGAGCGUAAGCAACAGGAAGCAGAGGAAGUUUCAAAUCCACCGGCGCCCAAUGCCACCUCUAGCUCUGGCCUGGAGAGUAAGCCAGAAGAGAAGCAUUUAGAUGAAAGGACAGAUGCUAGUGAUAAUGUGCCUGUGUCAACUCAUACUGAUGAUCCUCAACCUGCUAAAGCUCCCGAAGUGGCCGAUGCAUCAAGGGAAAUUGGACAAGUAAAUGAAGAGAAUAAGCAGGGUCCCAUCGAUGAUAGUAAUGUGGAGAGAGAAGUAGAGAAGCCUCACCAUUCUAAUGAGAAAGACAGUGUGAAAGUCAAUGGAGAGAUGAAGGAAGAGCCAAAGACGACAAAUGGACCUUUGAAAAAUGGUGAUGUCAACAUGAAUGGCGACAUCAAGAUCAAUGGGGAUGUACCUCAUGUAAACGGGGACAUCAUCCCUGAAGGUGAUGUCAAUGGAGAGGUAGAUGCUCCUCUUCCUCAAAGAGAGAUCAAGUCUCGCCGAUCACAGAAAAUUGAGGAUGUAGUCAAAGAAACGAGUGCUCUGAAUGGCGUUGCUGAUUUCGAGCAAACAGAGCGAGAAAAUUGAGUAGCAUUAAAAGUGGAUAGAUUGAAUGUAAUAUAAGCAAUUGACCAAGUCUAGGGGAGUAAAUUCCUAAUCACUUUAGGAUUACUCCAAAGUAGAUGAUAAAUGAAUUGUAGUAUUGCAUGAUAAUUAGCAAUCCAGCUAUGUACUUUAAAUGCUGAUUCAAUUAUGAAAACAAAGGAUUUGAAACAUGCUAGUUGCAUUGAUAUUCAGAGAUUAUUCUCUUGACACAUCUCUCAGUGCCAAAAGUUAGUUAAAAGAUUAUUGGUGAUAGCUUUUAAUCUUGUGAAAUUACAUUGCUUUAUG